AUGUAUUCGUAUUUCUCUGCAUGCAACUGUCAGAGCUCAUUGCACAGAAAGAAAAAUAGUUUGUGCCCCAAAAUUACCCAAUUCAGUUGCAUUAUUCCUGUAUACUGUAUUAUAUCUUCUAAUAGUAUUCUGUACAUAAUUUAAUAUAAAAAUUGUUUAACUUGUGAGAAUGUCGCAUCAAACUGGAAUCAAAGGAAACGUCGAGCUUAUCUCAUUUUUCGGAAAAUGCAGGGACGGACAGAUUCGAGUUUUCAGAGUUUCCAUCAUCAAAGAGGAACUUUGUCUAAAUGAAUUUGCAAGAAAGCAGUCAAACUGGGAAGAGGAUUUUGACAAUUUGAUACCUCUCCUAUUGGAUGAGAACCAACCUGCCUACCUCCUGUUUAGGUUAGAUUCUCAAAAUUCCUUAGGAUAUGAAUGGCUUUUCAUUACUUGGAUACCUGAAGAUGCCCCUGUCAGAGAAAAGAUGAUCUAUGCCUCAACGAAAGCAACCCUUAAAAGCCAAUUUGGUAGUGGGCAAAUUAAAGAAGACAUCCUAGGAACACUUCCAGAGGAUUUGACACUUAAGGGCUAUCUCAAGCAAAAGAAAAAUGCGGCGGCUCCUGCUCCUUUGACUCAGGCUGAGGAAGAGUUGGCUUUGGUUAAGCGGACUGAAACCAACGCGCACAUUGGUUACGACUCAAAGCAUCAGACACUCAGUGGCGUAGCCUUCCCUAUCUCAGAGGCUGGACUAAAAGCAAUGAUUGAUUUUAAGCACAAAAACCAUUCUUACAUCCAGCUGAGCAUUGAUAUGGCGAAAGAAGUUGUCAAUCUUGAAAGCACGGACCAGAUUAACGUCCACACCUUGGGCAGUCGAGUACCAGAUGAUCAUGGCCGGUAUCACCUCUUCCGUUUUCCGCACUCACACGAAGGCGAUUUCCUUGAGAGCAUAGUUUUUAUCUAUUCUAUGCCUGGCUACGCAUGCUCGAUUCGUGAGCGGAUGCUCUACUCUAGUUGUAAAGGACCUAUCACAGAUUUGAUUGAAAACAAACUUCUCAUCACAAUCGACAAAAAAAUCGAAGUUGAAAAAGGAGAUGAGUUAACUGAAGAAUUCGUGAUGGAUGAGUUGCAUCCGAAGAAAAAUCUUCAUCAACCAAAAUUUGAGAAACCCAAAGGUCCUCCUGGUAGAGGUGCGCGUCGCCUGACGAGCCAAAAGCCGCAAGAAUAACGUAUCUGAUUGGUAUGAUUAUAAAACAAAAUACCCAAUAUUUUAAAAUUUUCUUUUGAAGAUAAAGUGUGAAAGCAAUGGGCAUCGGUUAUACGCAAGUGCCUAGUUUAUAGAUUCGUUUCCUAUCCAGUGGUAUUUAAGAUCAUACAAGCUGUUUGUGAAAUUUGAUGUGUGAAAAAAAUAAAUGAAUAAAACCAUA